CCCUGCCGCGGUGUAGCAGGAGCAGCGCGGCCGGAGCGCGGCGGAGACGGCCAUUCCUUAACACAGCGAGAGAGAGAGAGAGAGUGCGAGCGCAGCGUGUGCCCUCCCCCCCCCGCGGGCUCGGUCGCGCUCAGGAGAUGCCCUCGGCUACCAACAGCACCAUGGCGAGCAGCACCACCGGCGGCAGCGGCGGUGGCGCCGGCAAAGCCGCGCCGGGCAGCGAGGCCGCCCCGGCGGUGGCGGCGGCGGCCCCGCAGGCGGCGGCGGCGGCGGGUGUGAACAUCACUACGGUGCAGACCGAGGCCAUGAAGCAGAUCCUAGGGGUGAUCGACAAGAAGCUGCGCAACCUGGAGAAGAAAAAGAGCAAACUUGAUGAUUACCAGGAACGAAUGAACAAGGGAGAACGUCUGAAUCAAGAUCAACUGGAUGCAGUGUCAAAAUACCAGGAAGUGACAAAUAAUCUGGAAUUUGCUAAAGAACUGCAGAGGAGUUUCAUGGCUCUGAGCCAAGAUAUCCAGAAGACAAUAAAGAAGACAGCUCGCAGGGAGCAGCUGAUGCGGGAGGAGGCUGAGCAGAAGCGUUUAAAGACUGUGCUGGAGCUGCAGUUCAUUCUGGAGAAGCUGGGGGACGAUGAAGUUCGCAGCGACUUGAAACAAGGCUCCAGUGGGGUCCCAGUGCUGACAGAGGAGGAGCUCACAAUGCUGGAUGAGUUCUACAAGCUGGUUUACCCUGAACGAGACAUGAAUGUGAGGUUGAAUGAGCAGUAUGAGCAAGCAUCUGUUCACCUGUGGGACUUACUGGAAGGGAAAGAAAAACCAGUUUGUGGAACAACCUACAAAGCCCUGAAGGAGGUGGUUGAACGGAUCCUUCAGACCAGUUACUUCGACAGCACCCACAACCACCAGAAUGGGCUGUGUGAGGAGGAGGAGGCAGCACCUGCCCCUGCAGUAGAAGACACUGUGGCAGAGGCUGAACCUGAUGCAGCAGAAGAAUUUACUGAACCAACUGAAGUUGAAUCAACUGAGUAUGUAAACAGACAAUUCAUGGCAGAGGCUCAGUUCAGCAGUAGUGAGAAGGAACAGGUAGAUGAGUGGACAGUUGAAACGGUUGAGGUCGUAAAUUCACUGCAGCAACAGACACAAGCGACAUCUCCUCCUGUUCCUGAACCUCACACGCUCCCCACUGUGGCUCAGGCAGAUCCUCUGGUGAGAAGACAGCGAGUACAGGACCUCAUGGCCCAGAUGCAGGGCCCCUACAACUUCAUGCAGGACUCCAUGCUGGAAUUUGAGAACCAAACACUUGAUCCUGCCAUUGUAUCUGCACAGCCCAUGAACCCAGCACAGAGUUUGGACAUGCCACAAAUGGUUUGCCCUCCAGUUCAUGCUGAGUCAAGACUUGCCCAGCCUACUCAAGUUCCUGUGCAACCAGAAGCUACACAGGCUUCAAUGUCACUGAAUGCAGACCAGACCCCAUCCUCAUCAUCACUUCCCACUGCAUCCCAGCCCCAGGUGUUCCAGGCUGGAUCCAGCAAGCCUUUGCAUAGCAGCGGAAUCAAUGUCAAUGCAGCUCCAUUCCAAUCCAUGCAAACAGUAUUCAACAUGAAUGCACCUGUUCCUCCUGUUAAUGAGCCAGAAACCCUUAAGCAGCAAAAUCAGUACCAGGCCAGUUACAACCAGAGUUUCUCCAGUCAACCUCACCAAGUAGAACAAUCAGAUCUUCAGCAAGAACAACUCCAGACAGUGGUUGGUACUUACCAUGGAUCCCCAGACCAGACUCACCAGGUGGCAGGCAACCACCAGCAACCUCCCCAGCAGAACACUGGGUUUCCCAGGAACAGCCAGCCUUACUACAAUAGCCGAGGGGUGUCCCGUGGGGGAUCUCGCGGGGCCCGGGGGCUCAUGAACGGUUACAGGGGACCAGCCAAUGGAUUCAGAGGGGGAUACGAUGGAUACCGUCCUUCCUUUUCCAACACUCCAAACAGUGGUUAUACGCAGCCCCAGUUCAAUGCUCCUCGGGAUUACUCAAAUUACCAGCGGGAUGGAUAUCAACAGAAUUUCAAACGUGGCUCUGGACAAAGUGGACCUCGGGGAGCUCCUAGAGGUCGUGGAGGACCCCCAAGACCAAACAGAGGGAUGCCUCAGAUGAACGCUCAGCAAGUGAAUUAAACACGUUCACAGGAUCACAUUCAACGCCAAAAACACGCUGGCCAGUGUACAAUACAUGUUACCAGAAGAGUUAUUAUCUAUUUGUUCUCCCUUACAGGAAGUUUGUUGUAAAGGGACUAUUUUCAUUACCCAUAAUGACAGGACUACAGUUGCCAGCUUUAUAUUACCUGGAUAUUGAAAGGAACGAAACAACGUUUACUCUGCAUGUUCUGUCCUAAGCAUCAUCUUGAGCCUUGCACAUGAGAUUCAGAUUCCUCACCCUUGCUAAGAGUAAAGCAAAAAAAAAGGCAAUUUCCAGGGUGAUCCAAUCUCCAUGGUUAACUGAAGUGGCAGGAAAAAAGUAAAGACUCACUUCUGACAUUUAAAAGCGAUUUAACAAAUUGGGAUAAAAUCUGCAAAUUCAUAAAUAUUUACUGUGGUGGCAGUUGACAAAACUUAAUGUGCCCAUGAAAGGAUGGAAAAGGUGAAGUGUGGCUUGGUAGAGCAACUGCAUUUCAGCUUUUUCUUAUUAAAUUGAAGCACUGAACAGUUAAAGAUGUGUAGUGAUGCAAUUGCCCUCAAUAGACAGAUGGGCUUAGAGCCAGUUUUUGACAAAGAAGCACCCUUAGCUGCAGCCUCCUCCUCACCAGGGCCCUGAAUCCUGUGGCUAAGGAUUUAAGAACGCUUGCAUAACUGCUAAUGUAACUGUGUAACUAUUUUUUUUUUAGGAGAAAAGGAAAAAAAAAACCAAAAACAAAGCUUUGAUUUGGCACUUCAACAAAAUUUUGCAACAAAUGUGAGAUAUAAUCUGGAUGGCCACUGUAUAUUUGAUGUGAAGUAUUUAGGUAUCUCUCUGAAACACUUUUAAGUUCCUUUGAUAGCAAUGACUUUUGUAAGGAUUGGUAUUCUCUAUCAUUCCUUAUGACUUGCACAUUGUCUGUCACUAAUACUUGACCUUGCUGUAUUAUCACCUAAAUAACUGAUGCCGGUACUGAUGGAAAUCUCUAAUGGAUAAUCAUAACACUUUUGGUCACAUGUCCUUUUGUCUUUCCUGCAGCCUUGAAGGUUUGAAGAAAUCUCAAAUGCCCGCUGCUGCUGCUGCCCUUUUAAUUGCUCUCUUUUGAAAAGCACCAGUAUGUGUUUGAGUUGAUUUCCCCUUUGAAGGGAAAUGACAGCCAGCAGUUACAGUUCUAAUGGUAUAAGCAAGACAAAUAAAACAUGUUUAUAAAAAUUGUA